AUGAAGCGGGUGCUGGUGCUGAAUGUCGACUCCUUCGUUGGCAGGGAGGUGUGCCGCCGCUUCUUCGACGCCAACGAGUACCUGAUCGACGGCACGCUCUACCACCCCCACCCGGCGAGCGACGGCGAACGCACGGCGCAGGCAUCGCACGGCCAGGGCGCAGCCGGAACUGCAGGCGUGGCGGCGGGGUCCGCGGCAAGAAGCGGCGCCGCCGCGCCGGAGACGGAGGUCCCGGCUGAGAUGCGGCCGUUUCUCAACUCCGUGAUGCCGCGUCACGGAGCGAUUAGCGACGAACAGUUCCGCGCCCGGGUGCUGACGUACGACAUCAUCAUCGCCGUCCUUGAGGAGGACGCGUUUGAGGCGGACUGCGCCAUCAAAGUCCUUCGCGGGACACACUACGAGGUGGAGAAGACGUUUGUGCUCGUCUCCAACGUCCUGACGUGGACGCAGACCGACGCCCAUGAGCGUCAGUUGCAGCGUGCCGCCCGACGUGCAGAAAGGGCGGCGGCCCGCGCCCAACGCGACGAGGAAGAGGAAGAGGAGGAAGAGGAGGAAGAAGAGGAAGAGGAGGAAGUAGAAAAAAAGGUCUGGACCGAGGAGGAAUACCGCCAGCGCUACCCGGAUGUCCGCUACCAUCUCUGGCGGGAACUCGAGCACGCGGUGAAGCACGCCAACUCGGAGACGCUGCACACCUACGUGCUCUGGGCCGGGUUGCCGUACGGUGGCGGCGAAGACCUCCUCGCGCCCUACUUUCACGCCGCCUGGAGGCAUCAAGAAGUGCUGCAGUACGGCGAUGGGUCAAACUACAUCCCCACCAUUCAUGUAAAGGAUCUCGCGCGGAUCAUCUACCUCGUCGGCUCCUCCUACGACACCCUUGAGGAGCGCUACAUGUUUGCCGUUGACCAGGGCAACAACACACAGGCGGAUAUUUUGCAGGGUAUAAAGGACUUCAUUGGUGGGACCAUCGUCGUGACAGCGCCGAGCAUUGACCGUGAACACCAGCUCUCAACGCCAACGCCAACGCCAACGCACAAGACAGAAGAAGCAAGAUCGAGCCCACUGAGCAUGGUUGAGCUGGAAAGCGAAAUCCAACGGGAGCAUGAUGCCCUCUUGGAUCUGGAGGCGCGGGAGAAAAAAGUGUUGGAUGAAGUGAGGGAGGAAUUUUUGCAGGUGCAGGAACUUGCGCGGCGAGAGAAAGUGCUUCAGUAUCAGCUUGGACUUGGGUAUGAGGCCACCGAUGACGGUGGUACUAAACCCUUCUCCAGGGCGGAGCACGCACCCACAGUAGAGGCGGGACUAUCGGUAGCCCCACCACAUGGUCUGGAGAACUGGUUUAGUGCGGUUGACAUACGCUGUGAGCCCGGUGCCGUACUUUCGUUGCUUGAGGAGGGGGAGUGGGUCUCACUCGGGGGUUUCUUUGCGAAUGUGGACAAGGUUGUGCGGGAGUUCAAAGUUGUACGACAGUCGAGCCCCAUGCGUAUUGUUCUAACUGGGCCGCCCUUGAGUGACGCAGGGGAGGUCGCUGGAAAACUGGCGGAGCUAUUUGGCAUUCCCCACCUAACUUUGGCGAAUGUGACGGCGGCCUACGAGCGACAUGUGCAGUUGCUGCGCGAGGAGUUGAUUGAGAUUCUUUUGCUGCGGCAGUUGCGGCGGCAGGAGGCACGCGAAGAACGCCUGCGCCGCGAGUCAGAGCGGGCGAGGAAGGCGAGGAAGGCGCGUCGCAAAGCCAGGGAAGAGGAAGAGGGCGGGAAGGCGGUGGAGGGGGAGGGAGCCGAUGAGGGGGAGGAAGAGGAAGAGGAGGAGGAAGGGGAGGAAGAGGAAGAGGAAGAGGAAGAAGCGGGAGAAGGAGGGGGCGCGGAGGGCGAAACGGAGGAGGAGGAGGAAGAAAACGAGGAGGCGGGUGAAGCCGCCGCGCAGGACGUGGACCCCGUGGAGCGUUUGCGCGCGACGAUCACGGAGGCCAUGCUGCUGCAGCCGCCGGAGGACGAGGAGGAGGAGGAGGACUUCAGCAACAACGCGGACGAGGAUGAGGAGGUGGACGAUAAGGCGACCGCCAAGGCGCAGCGGCUGGACGAGGACGAGCGGCGCCGCAUUGCGGUCCUUCGCGAGGAGUACCGCUUUGCCACGCAGUUGCUCACACUGCGCCUUUUGAAUGGGGAGUUCCCGCCGCGCCCAAGGGCCGCCGAUGACGGGGAAGAGGAGGAGGAAGACGAGGACGAGGACGAGGACGAGGACGAGGCGAGGAGGCGGGAGCAAAAGAAGGGUGUGAAAGCGGACGCGGCGGAGGAAUCACCGCCACCGACGAUUCGUUAUUUGGAUGAGGCGAUGGCUGUGAUGGUGCGCUGGCGGCUGCGACAGGGGGACUGCAAAAACCAGGGCUACAUCCUGGAGUCCUUCCCGGAGACGGUGCGUCAGGCCUGGCUCACGUUUCUCGCCGACACAGAAGAACAAAGGGAGCUGCAGCGGCCGAAGUUGCAGAGGGACCGUGACGCGGAGGCGGAGCCGCAGCCGCCUCCUGACGCCGGCUUCCCACUGCCUGUUCUCGCCGACAUGGAGGAGGAGCAGCAGCGGGAUAUCUUGGACCUAAUGGAAGGACGCACAUUUGCCCCCGCGGAGGAGGUAAUGGCCCCCACAAAUGAUGCAUUGUUCCCAGAUUGCUUUGUCGCCUUGACAAGUAGUGAGCUCGUUCUGCGGGCGCAGCGGGAUGCCGCAGUUUUCCAUGAGUCUCAUGCCGACGCAAUGCCGAAUCUUACUGAGCAGUUCACGCGUUACAUGACGCAUAAUCGCCCCGGUGCCCCACCGACGGAGUCACUUACCUGUUGGUUUCAAACGGUGGCAGCGGAGAAGGAGGAUACUGACGUAGCGGGCGGUGGCGACGCGGAGGGAGGGGAAAGGAGGGAGCAGGUACCGCGAAAGGCAUGCGUCUUGUUCGUGCCGGUGCUUUCCACCACUCCUGCGGCCGUGUUGCCAAGAACGUUUUCCCAGGCGACGAUGUCCGAAAUGGGGGCCUACUGUGCCUACAUCCGGUGCGAAAUCCUUAAAAACGUUGGCCUUGGCAGCUGCGGCCCUGUGAUGGAAUCCAUGCGGGCCGAAGAGGAGUCGACCAUGCGUCAGUUGCAGGAGCUCACUUAUGAGCAGGAGCGAUUAGAUGGAUUGCGCGCCGCCGAUGAUGUUUUUGCCGCCUUUGCACGCAAACUCGAGGAUGUUUCCAUGGAGAAUGAGCGACGGGCGUUACGGUACUAUCAGGCGAAGGAGGAAUUAACCACGGCUGCCGGCAUUGAAGCCGUCCCAGCGGAUAUGUACUUGAUGCGGUAUGUGCUGCCUAGUCUGACGCCGCUGAUGGCGGAGGUGGUGCGGAUGCGCCCAGAAGACCCGGUAGCUGCCUUGGCGGAGGCUCUCUUUCACCACAAGCGGCAGGUGGAACUCUGA